CGCGCUGGGUCCCGGGGUGAAGGCGCCUGCGCACUCCGGCCUCUCACCAUAUGCACCCAGGUGCGUGUGGAUGUGGCCGGCCGGACCCUGCUGAGGCGGACGCGGACGGAGGCGAGCGGUGACCAAGCGGCCCCGCCAGCGCCGCCAUGGGCAAGAAGCAGAAGAACAAGAGCGAGGACAGUGCCAAAGAUGAUAUUGACCUUGAUGCUCUUGCUGCUGAAAUAGAGGGUGCAGGUGCUGCCAAGGAGCAGGAACCACAAAAAUCUAAAGGCAAAAAGAAAAAAGAAAAGAAGAAACAAGAAUUUGAUGAAGAUGAUAUCCUAAAGGAGCUGGAAGAACUGUCUGUAGAGGCACAUGGAGGGAAGGUUGACCGAGAACCUGCUUCAGAAAAGACAGUAGAGAAUGACGACCAAGAAAUCAGCUUCUCAAAACAGGACAAAAAAAAGAGAGGGAAGAGUAAAAAAAUCAGUUUUGACGAUGAUGACAGUGAAGAAAUGGAGGGUAAGGAUACAAAAUCUAAAAAGACUCAGAAACCAAAAACUGAAACUCACUCUGGCAGUGAUGAUGAUGAUUGUGAGAUAUUGCUUAAGAAAGGCAAAGGAAGAACUCAAAAAUCAAAUAAAAAGCUGGACCUUUCAGAAGAGGAUGAAGCUAACAUUAAGAAAAGUAAAGAGAGUACACGAGCAGUGUCCUCAGGUGAGAGUGCUGAUGAAUCGGACGAUUUCUCCCAAUCUAAAAAGGGUCAAAAGAAAAAUCAAAAGGGAAAGCCCGCUCCUAAUGCUGAAAGUGGGGAUGAGGAAGAGGAGCCUUCAUUCAAAAUAAAAACAGUGGCUCAGAAGAAGGCAGAAAAAAAAGAGCGUGAGAGAAAAAAACGUGAGGAGGAAAAAGCCAAACUGAGAAAACAGAAGGAAAAGGAAGAGUUGGAAGCUGGUAAAGAACAGGUAAAACCAAAGGAGGUUCCAAAGAGAACUGACGAGGCAGCGUCUCCUGAAGCUAUUCCAGCUGCUGCCGCAGGGGAAAAGGGAGAGGCUCCCACAGCAGCAGAAGCUGAUGAUAAUGAGGGGGACAAAAAGAAAAAAGACAAGAAGAAAAAGAAGGUUGAGAAAGAAGAGAAAGAGAAGAAAAAAGGUCCCAGUAAAGCUACAGUUAAAGCUAUGCAAGAAGCCUUGGCUAAGAUGAAAGAGGAGGAAGAAAGGGCAAAGAGAGAGGAGGAAGAGCGCUUAAAACGACUUGAGGAACUAGAAGCUAAGCGUAAAGAGGAGGAACGUUUGGAACAAGAAAGAAAAGAAAGGAAGAAACAAAAAGAGAAAGAGAGAAAAGAGCGCUUGAAAAAGGAGGGAAAACUUUUAACUAAAUCCCAGCGAGAAGCUAGAGCCAGAGCAGAGGCUACUCUUAAACUACUCCAAGCUCAGGGUGUUGAAGUGCCAUCAAAAGAUUCUGUGCCAAAGAAGAGGCCAAUUUAUGAAGACAAGAAGAAAAAGAAGCAACAGCAGCAACAGGAAAACAAAGAAGAAACCAUGGAGGUGAUCUCCCCAACUGAAGAAGUUGUCGAACCAGUUACACCAGUACAAGAAGAGAUUCCUCUUUCAGAACCAGUUUCAGAAGAAAAGGAGGAAGAAGAAAUGGCAGAUGCGGGUUUGGAUGACUGGGAAGCGAUGGUCAGUGAUGAAGAGAGAGAAAAAGAGGUAAAACCUGUCCACAUUGAAGUCAAGGAACACAAUGAAGUGGAAGAGGAAGAUGAGGAAGAGGAUGAUGACGAGGAGGAAGAGAGUGAAGAGUCUGAAGAUGGAGAAAGUGAGGGAAGUGAAGAUGAAGAUGAAAAGACUUCAGAUGAAAGAGAAACAGAGUCUCAAGCUGUUGGAAAACAAUCGGUAGAGAAAAAGCCAAGCAAAGAAAUAAGCUCCGAUUCAGAAUGUGAUUCUGAUGAUGAUCGUACAAAAGAAGAGCUUCUUUAUGACAAAGCUAAGCGGAGAAUUGAGAAACGACGUAUUGAAAAUAACAAAAAUGUAAACACUGAAAAGCUAAGAGCACCGGUUAUCUGUGUACUUGGGCACGUAGACACAGGAAAGACCAAAAUUCUAGAUAAGCUCCGUCAUACUCAUGUACAAGACGGUGAAGCAGGUGGUAUCACUCAGCAGAUUGGAGCAACUAAUGUUCCCCUGGAAGCCAUUAAUGAACAAGCUAAGAUGGUGAAAAAUUUUGACAGAGAGAACGUAAAAAUUCCAGGAAUGCUGAUAAUUGAUACUCCAGGACAUGAGUCUUUCAGCAACCUAAGAAAUCGAGGAAGCUCACUUUGUGAUAUUGCUAUUCUAGUAGUUGAUAUCAUGCAUGGUUUGGAGCCCCAGACAAUUGAAUCUAUAAACCUGCUGAAAUCCAAGAAAUGUCCCUUUAUCGUAGCACUCAACAAGAUUGAUAGGUUAUAUGACUGGAAAAAAAGCCCUGAUACAGAUGUAGCUACCACGUUAAAGAAACAGAAGAAAAACACAAAAGAUGAAUUUGAGGAACGUGCAAAAGCUAUCAUAGUGGAAUUUGCACAACAGGGCUUGAAUGCUGCUUUGUUCUAUGAGAAUAAGGAUCCCCGCACUUUUGUUUCUCUGGUACCUACCUCUGCUCACACUGGGGAUGGCAUGGGGAGUCUGAUAGCCCUUCUUGUUGAUUUGACGCAAACCAUGCUGAACAAGAGACUGGCCCAAUGUGAGGAACUGAGAGCUCAGGUUAUGGAGGUCAAAGCACUUCCAGGCAUGGGAACUACCAUAGAUGUAAUUUUGAUUAAUGGACGUCUGAAGGAGGGUGAUACCAUUAUUGUCCCUGGAGUAGAAGGUCCUAUAGUAACUCAGAUUCGAGGUCUUCUGCUACCUCCUCCUAUGAAGGAACUACGAGUUAAGAAUCAGUAUGAAAAACACAAAGAAGUUAUUGCAGCCCAGGGUGUAAAGAUUCUUGGGAAAGACUUGGAGAAAACAUUGGCUGGUUUGCCCCUGCUUGUGGCUCAUAAAGAGGAUGAGAUCCCAGUUCUUAAGGAUGAGUUAAUACAUGAACUGAAGCAAACGCUGAACGCUAUCAAGUUGGAAGAGAAAGGUGUUUAUGUCCAGGCCUCUACGUUAGGCUCUUUGGAGGCACUACUUGAAUUUCUUAAGACAUCAGAAGUGCCAUAUGCUGGAAUUAACAUAGGUCCUGUCCAUAAAAAGGAUGUUAUGAAGGCAUCAGUUAUGCUGGAACAUGAUCCUCAGUAUGCAGUAAUUCUGGCAUUUGAUGUGAGGAUUGAACGAGAUGCCCAGGAAAUGGCCGAUAGUUUAGGAGUUCGAAUUUUUAGUGCAGAAAUAAUUUAUCACUUAUUUGACGCCUUUACAAAAUACAGGCAAGACUACAAAAAACAGAAACAGGAAGAGUUCAAGCAUAUAGCAGUAUUUCCUUGCAAGAUGAAAAUACUCCCUCAGUUUAUUUUCAACUCUCGUGACCCAAUAGUGAUGGGUGUAGUGGUGGAAGCAGGCCAGGUGAAGCAGGGGACUCUCAUGUGUGUACCUAGCAAAAAUUUUGUUGAAAUUGGAAUAGUUACAAGUAUUGAGGUGAACCACAAACAAGUGGAUGUUGCAAAAAAAGGCCAAGAAGUCUGUGUGAAAAUAGAACCUAUUCCUGGUGAAUCGCCUAAAAUGUAUGGACGACACUUUGAAGCGACAGAUAUCCUAGUCAGUAAGAUUAGUCGUCAGUCCAUUGAUGCCCUGAAGAACUGGUUCAGAGAUGAAAUGCAGAAGUCUGACUGGCAGCUUAUUGUAGAACUGAAGAAAGUGUUUGAAAUAAUUUAGGCUUUUUUUUUUUUUAAAAAGCAAUGGGCAGGCUGGAAUAUUACUCACUAUUCCUGUUCUAAAAACCACCAACGAAGUCAGAGUAUUGAAGAGACUGUUGGACUUAUGUUUGGGAGGAAAAUAUGUGGAUAAAAUGUUUUCCAUGAGAAACCAAGAAACUUACACUGGUUUGACAGUGGUCAAUUUACAUGUCCCCACGGUUCCACUGUGCCUGUUCACCUCUCCCACGGCCCUUCCCUUUUAGUGGCUGCUGUUUUAAAGUUUGCCCUUCCCCACUCCCCUAUCAACAAAUAAAUAAAAAUUGAAUUUUUAUUACAGAACUAAAACUUUCACUUUUAUAUUGAUAUCAGUACUGCAGUAUUUGAUUAACCAAACUUUUGCAGACUUUGGUUCUCGGACAUGUUUGAUGUAAGAAAUACUUCUUUAUUUAUGCAUACCUCUCUCUCCCCCUUUGAUUUUCCCCUCCUUUCCCCCCACCACCACCAUUCUUCUGCUUUGUGCCUAUAGGAAUUUUUUUAAAAUAGAAAAUUAGGUAAUCAUAUAUUUCUGUAUUUGCUUUGUGUGAAACAAUGAUGUAAAGCACAGUUGGCCACCUUUAAUUGCUUGUACAGUUCAUGAAAGUCAACUUAAUCUGUAAUCAUUACAAAGCAGAGCCACAAAUAAAGGAAAUGGACAUAUUA